AUGCUGCUGAUCAUUGAAGCUCUUCUUCUCAUUUUAGCUGCUCUAGGACAGGAUCACAGAGCUGCUGCUGUUAAAGGACAGAUGUUUCCACUGGAUAUGGCACUGGAUUCAGUUGAUGAUCAAUAUGACGGAUGCACCAGGGAAAUGACACAACUGGUGGAAACAAGAUUUCUGAAGAAGGAACUCAAUAACUCUAGAAAUAAUUUUAAAAUAGCUUGGCAAGAGGGUGAAAAAAACAUUAAGGAGCCAGAAAAUAACUUGACGAGGAACCAUUCAAUUGCCAUUUAUGUGUAUACUGGUGAUAAAGUAUUUAGUGAUUUCAACAAUGAAACUCGUUACGGUAAACAAAACUACACAACCGAGACAUACAAAUGGUAUUCACUUCACUUUCUGUUAACAGAAGCGAUACAGAUUCUGAAGAAAACACAAAAUGCAUGCUACGAUACUUAUCGUGGUACAAAAUUUAGAUAUAAUUUUCUUAACACAAAGGUUCGUUUUGGCUCAUUUGCAUCUUCCACUUUUAAUCGGAACAAAACAAAGUUUUUUGGAACUGUAUCUUGUUUUGAAAUCAACACUUGUGAAGGUGCUGAGGUGACAAAAUAUUCAAAGCUUUCUCAUGAGAGAGAAGUGCUGAUUCCUCCAUAUGAGACGUUUAAAGUCACUGCUGUCAGGACAAAAAGAGAUGAGAAAGAUCUCUGGUGUGACACUGUACACUUUGAAAAACACUGGAAAAACAAGUGA